AUGUGCCUGGCUGGGCGCACACCCCGCACGGCUGCGGCGCCAGGACGCGGAGCGCUCCCCAGAGCCCGGCUGCCUUGCUCGGCUCAGGCGGCCGCGACCAUGUUCCAGCCCGCGGCCAAGCGCGGCUUUACCAUAGAGUCGUUGGUGGCCAAGGACGGCGGUACCGGCGGGGGCACUGGCGGCGGGGGUGCGGGCUCUCAUUCACUGGCGGCGGCCGCCUCGGAGGAACCGCUUCGGCCCACAGCACUCAACUACCCUCACCCCAGCGCGGCUGAGGCGGCCUUCGUGAGCGGCUUCCCCGCCGCAGCCGCCGCGAGCGCGGGCCGCUCGCUCUACGGUGGGCCCGAGCUCGUGUUCCCCGAGGCCAUGAACCACCCCGCGCUGACCGUGCACCCGGCGCACCAGCUGGGGGCCUCCCCGCUGCAGACCCCGCACUCCUUCUUCGGCGCCCAGCACCGGGACCCUCUCCACUUCUACCCCUGGGUCCUGCGAAACCGCUUCUUCGGCCACCGCUUCCAGGCGAGCGACGUGCCCCAGGACGGGCUGCUUCUGCACGGCCCCUUCGCGCGCAAGCCCAAGCGGAUCCGCACGGCCUUCUCGCCCUCGCAGCUGCUGCGGCUGGAGCGCGCCUUCGAGAAGAACCACUACGUGGUGGGCGCCGAGCGCAAGCAGCUGGCCGGCAGCCUCAGCCUCUCCGAGACACAGGUAAAGGUGUGGUUCCAGAAUCGGAGGACAAAGUACAAGCGGCAGAAGCUGGAGGAGGAAGGGCCUGAGUCUGAGCAGAAGAAGAAGGGAUCCCACCACAUCAACCGGUGGCGUAUUGCUACGAAGCAGGCCAAUGGGGAGGACAUCGAUGUCACCUCCAAUGACUAG